AUGAAAGUGAAGGUGCUUGCAGGAAGCAAUGGGGUUCUAGAAAAGAAUGGAAUUGGGAUUUGGGUGGAGAGAGAUACUAGUGGGUUUCACCAGAUUAUUUCAUGCAUAAUGCAGUCCAUGAAUUUUGCAAAUCCAGUUCUGCCAAACAGCAUGAAAUAUCAAGUUCUUAAACUCUACAAACUAGGAGCAAGAGCAUUCUGGAUACAUAAUACAGGUCCAAUUGGCUGCCUGCCUUAUCUGGCGCUAACUUAUCCGCCAAAGCCUGGCAAUAGAGAUCAAAAUGGUUGUGUGAAGUCCUACAAUGAGGUGGCUCAAGAGUUCAACAAGCAGCUUAAGGAAAGGGUGUACAAAUUACGAACCCAACUUAAAGAUGCACAACUUACAUUUGCCGACAUCUAUUCAGUUAAAUACUACCUGAUCAGCCAUGCAAAGGAGCAUGGAUUUGCUAGUCCUCUUGGGUAUUGCUGCGGACACAUUGAGGAUUAUUAUGUUGAAUGUGGGGACACAGCAAUAGUGAACGGAACUGAAGUUUAUGGGGCUGCUUGCUGUAAUCCAUCUGAAUACAUCAGCUGGGAUGGCGUACAUUAUACCGAAGCUGCUAAUAUAUGGGUAGCCAACCACAUUCUUGAUGGCUCAUUCACUGAUCCUCAGAUUCCGAUCAAAGAAGCAUGUCAGAANCUAAUAUAUGGGUAG